GUGGUCCUGUCCAGCACCGUCAGUGUGGAUGGUCAUGUGCUAGCCGUGUCUGACAACAUGUUUGUCCACAACAACUCCAAACAUGGCCGCCGGGCCCGCAGACUGGAGCCAGGAGAGUCAGGGGAGAACGGCAUGGAAUAUGCCACCCCCUGCAUCAAGGCCAUCAGUCCCAGUGAGGGCUGGACCACGGGCGGAGCCAUGGUUAUCGUCAUCGGGGAGAACUUCUUUGACGGUCUCCAAGUGGUGUUCGGCAGCAUGCUGGUGUGGAGCGAGCUGAUCACGCCUCAUGCCAUCCGAGUGCAGACGCCCCCCCGACACAUCCCCGGAGUGGUGGAGGUCACGCUCUCGUACAAGUCCAAACAGUUCUGCAAGGGAGCACCUGGGCGCUUCAUCUACACAGCCCUGAAUGAGCCAACCAUAGACUACGGCUUCCAGCGUCUGCAGAAGGUCAUCCCUAGACACCCAGGAGACCCCGACAAACUGGCCAAGGAGAUGCUCCUGAAGAGAGCAGCAGAUCUGGUGGAGGCCCUGUACGGGAACCCUCACAGCAAUCAGGACAUGCUCCUGAAGAGAGCGGCGGACAUAGCCGAGGCCCUGUACAGUGUCCCUCGCCCCCACAGCCAGCUGCAGGCGCUGCCCAGCUCCCCAGCCCACGGCAGUGUGAUGGGCCUGGGCUCCUACCCCUCCCAGCUGGGGGUCAGCAUCGGUGACCCGCUGCAGAGCAGCCAGGGCUACAUCCGUAACCCCAGCAGUCUCUCUCCUCGGGGAUACUCUUCCGCCUCCACCCCUCAGCAGAGCUACGGGGGGGGCGGGGGCAUGAGCGGGGGGUACGGGACCGUCCCCAUGACCAGCCUGGGGGUGCCAGGGUCCCCCGGAUUCAGCAGCCACUCCCCGACCGGCUCCCCCUACGGCAUGAUGCCUACUAGCCCCACCAUCCCAGGCUCCAGCUCGUCCUCCUCCCUGCUGCCUUUCUCCUCCUUCCCCUCCUCCGCCAAACAGAAGAGCGCCUUCGCCCCUGUGCUCCGCCCACAGGGCUCCCCCUCCCCCGCCUGCCCCGCAUCCGGGGGCAACAGCUUCAGAGCAAUGACCGGCCUGGUGAUCCCCCCCAUGUAGCACUGGCUCUGCCCCCCUGCCGGAACACCCACCCCCCUCCCCCCCGGGCUCCAAGAUGGCCAAGAGAACCAAACCAUGACCUCUCACCCCUUCCUCCCCUGCCCUCCCCAACCCCCUCUCCCCACCACCUGUUAGUCUCCGCCCCCCCAGCUGGACGACGGGUGGGGGGGAACAGUCCAAAGAACUGCCCACCACCCAUGAAGGAAAAAACAAAUCAAUCGCCGCGGCAACGUCGGUUUCCUCCGCUGGCGGGAUCGGUAACCCCUGCGAGUCACGUUCCUCGUCUCCGCGUCGCCCGUGACGACGUCAGCAGACACAACACCCUCGCAGCGUCACUGAAGCCUUCUGCCUUCCCACCCUCCUCCAACGCCACUCCCACACCCUGCCCCGCCCCGCCCCACCCUGCCCUGGUCUGGGGCAGGGAACCAGAACUGAUUCACCCCGUCGAUGAUUUGUUGUUAGAGCACUGAACUAUGUGAACGACUGAAAUCCAUGAUAGACCUCCUAGGACUGAAUGCUUUGUGUUGAGACUAUUGAGGAGCAGGGAGCUCCGGCCCGGCCCGGCUGUGUGAGGACCUCGUGAACAGCAUGCCUGUACGUCGUGAGUUGGCCUGGAGGAUUUUGUAGUAGACUUCUUGAAGGCGAUUUACAUUCCGAAAUUAUAGACCCUUUUUAUUUUUUGAUUCCAAUUUCAAUUAUUUUAUGAGGGAAGAUGCUUUGUCCUCUGGGUUGUUACUAAAGGAAUUCAUAUAUUGAUUUAUUUAAGAAAAAAAACAAGCAAUUUAACUUAUUAUUAUAGAUAGUUUAGGGAAUAAUAUAAACUUGUUUUAUAAACGUCUUCCUUUCCUUUCUUUUGCAAUUGUUAUAAAAAGUAAUUAUCUCAACGUUGCCACUAUACAUGUUUUGAUGAUCUUGAAGGCUUUUGUCACAGAUGAUGGAUGAGUCAUUAGUGAGAAUGAAAAACAUCGUAACAUCCUAACUUGAUUUCAAAUAAAGUCACUGGCCAUCACUUUGUUCUCUGGUUUGUCACAGAACAUAAUUGAAACAUUUCAUAAUUAAAAAAUGCAAAUUAACUUGCUGUUCUCUAUAAAGGACAAUUAGUUAGCCUUACCUUUAUUUCAUUUUUUAUGCAUGCUAUUUCAACACCGAUGCCCUGAUAGUAUUUCGAUCCAUGUGGCCAGAAAACUUUAUGACUUUAUUCUUAAUUUAACAUGUUCCAUCCUGAUGCAAGUCUCUGGUCACUAUGCAGUAACUGUUACAGGAAGCACAAAGGAGACAAAAGGAGAUGUUGUCCCUGUCAUGCUACAAUAUUUUCCCUGAUUGUGAAACAAUACACGUUCGUACUCAGGACCAGACUGCAGGUUACAAAGUUGUUUUUUUGUGUUUGACUUGGUUUUAUUUAUUUACAACUCUUAGUAAAUGUAAGUUUACCUAAAUAAGUAUUGUCUUUCUCUUUUGUUCAUCCAUCCUUUGUUUUGAAUGGUACAGAAAAGAUGGUUUGAAAAUGUGAUUUGUAUAUCUUAAGGUGUACUAUAUUUUGUCCUUCAA